AUGUCAGAUGAAAUUAUGAUAUCGUUCCCACCCGACCUAAGCGUAAAAGAAUUUUUAGUGAACAGAAUCGAAUAUAAACAGCCUUUGAACUCGUACAUGAUUUAUCGAAAAGUUUAUACCAGAACAUUGAAAUCUAAAGGAAUAAAACUACCUUUAUCUGAUGUCUCCAAAUUAUCAAGCAAGUCGUGGGGAAAUGAACCUCCUGAAGUUAAAGAGUGGUAUAAAAAUUUUUCAGCUCAAGUACGUGAAAAACAUAGAAGAACGCACUGGCGAUAUAAAAAUGUCAACCCGGGGCGUACACAAGACAAUAUGCAUCGCAAUACGUUGACUUUUGUUUUCGAAAAUCCUGGACCAGAGAUGAACGCUAUUCCUAAUAAAAUAAUGGAUAUCAUGAAUUUAAAUGACUCAAAUGAUGUGAUGUGUCCUUUGGUAUCACAAUUUGAUAUGUUCAAUGUUAAUUCACCGACUUAA